GGACAGUACAGAUGGAAACCUGUAAAAAUACAGACGGGGCAUCUUGGUUUAUAUAGCUAGGAAUGAAUAUAUUGAUAUUUAGAAAGGGAACAGAUGUUCAGCUUCGAUGAUGAUAAGGUUACCGUGUCUUUUGUAAUUUCAUUCUUUUGGGAAUGAUUGAAAACCAGCAAUUACUAUAGCUACAUUUAUCCCUCAGAUGGUUCCAUAUUGACACCACGGAUGUAUAAUUUGUUUAGUAAGCAAGUCCACAAACAGUGUUCAGGGAUAGCUGAAAGUUGCUCUUUGAUAUGGAGAAGUUUAAAACCUUUCUACUCAAGUUGGCGACGACGUAUUUUAUCUUCGUUUGCUAUGCGAAAGGUGUGUUAUCAUUGUCCUGCUCUUUUGAUGGAGGACUUUGUGGAUGGAAAAACCCAGAGAACUCUACUCGAACAUGGCUGCUUAACGACGGAAUACAUAGCUCGUUCAUUUUCACGAUGCAAGAAGAAAAUGUAGCGUAUCUAUCGAGUGCAAAACUAGUUUUCCCAAAUUUUACUGGAUCUGGAUUUUUGUCCUUCUCUUAUUGCCAGUCAGGAUUUUCGCAGCUAGACCUUAUGAUAGGAAAACGAAAAGUUAUUAGCUUGGAGAGUAGCAUUGCCGAUGACAGUAUUUGCGAAUGGAAAUAUGUCACUAUUCCAAUCAACUCAACCCAACAGCAAGUGUGUGUGGAGGGGUCAAUCCCAGAUUAUCAUUCAGGAAUUAUUGCUUUGGAUGACUUUAUUUUCCUCAAUAAUUAUGCGAACGUAUGUAAUCCUAUAUCUGGACCCGUCAACUCUACGAUGAAUUGUAGUCUAGCGAAUAACCUUGGAAGCGUCUGUACAUUCCAAUGUAUGCAUGGUUGCCACGUGAUUGGUUCCUCUAGAAGACGAUGUCUCCCAAAUGGAAAGUGGUCAGGAAUACAACCGUCGUGCAAGCCACCCCAAAUACGUUUAAAACCAGUCGGCAAAAACGUUUCUCACUCGGUCACUAGUGGUAAUGUUCAAGUCCUGGUUAAUCGGUCUUGGGGGCUAGUUUGUAGAGAAGCCACGCUUCAAAUUGAGAUGGCGAAUGUAGUUUGUCGCUCACUUGGUCUUGGUAGCCAAAGUAACGUUGUGGAUUUCCAAGAUGGCAAACUUGAGAACGCCUGGAUUGUUAUCAAAAAGUGCAAUGGCAGUGAACGACAUAUCUUAGACUGUGAGAGGUCUAAUAUUGGAAGGUUUUCAUGUCCAAGAAAACACGUUCUUCACGUCAUUUGUGGACAUGCGUUUUGCCCACCCAAUUGUAAAUGUAGUUUUGCGAGUCUUGCAUAUGAAGUAAAGUGUGGUCCGCCGGUAACCAUUGAUACACUGAAGAACCUACCUUAUUAUACUACAAGACUGAUGUUUAACAACAUCGACAUGAGCAACAUUAGCCAACACUCAUUCUACAAACUCGAAUUUUUAAAAUAUAUCAACCUUAACAAUGUCAGCAUUGACGAGAUCGAUAAGAGUGUCUUUAUGAGACAGACUGGCUUAGAGGAAUUAUUCAUAGACAAAAACAACAUGCCACGUAUCUUAGAAGAGGUAUUCCCUAAGAAAAUCCUUUUCCUCAGACUAAGACAAGACAGAAUUUCCUUUAUCGAACAAAACGCGUUUGAAUCACUAGAACAACUUUACGAGCUAGAUCUGCGCUAUAACAAUCUCAAAAGUCUCUCAUUCAAGCUUCCCUUGACAGAUGAGCUCAACUAUCUAUACGUUGGGCAUAACUUAUUGUGGAAUGACACGUAUGAGCUCCUUAAAGGACAAACUAUGUUAUAUGUCUUAGAUAUAACGAGUAACCAUUUGACAAAUUUAAGAGCAGAAAUUUUCGAAGACGUUCCGUAUUUGAUUUUAUUAUUUGCUACAAAAGCAAGCAUUCGACAGAUUGAGGAUAUGACAUUUAAAAAUAAGUUUUUGCUACGUCUCUUGUUUUUGGAUGGUAACCAACUACGACAAAUCUCAAGUAUGACAUUUCACGGUGCCGAUGACCUCGAAUACCUGAGUUUGACAAAUAACCCAUUGAAUGUGAUAGCACAUGAUUCUUUCGCAAACCUGAUGUAUUUAAGAGCAAUAUACCUCAUCAAGACCAACCUACAUACCAUUGAUAUUGGAUCAACAUUUGUGGCUCCAACCUUAACAGUUGUUCAUUCAUCACAAGAAAUUCUUACUGGGAUCGAAAUAACCGCUUUAGGAGCAGAACUCCUUCGUAGCUCAGGCUACAGCUGCAAAACAGUUUUGAGCUUCCAGACAAUUUGCUUCCCCUGCGACCAGGGAUAUUAUAAAAUGAAUGCGUUUGAUGAGGAUAAGUGUCAAAUGUGUCCUGCAGGUGGUUUUUAUCAAGACGCGAUUGCACACGUUGGCGAGAUUGUGUAUGGUCUUGGUUGUAAACAGUGUCCUGCAGGAUCCUACGUCAAGCCGGAAAGUGCUCCUGGGAAAACAAAGGAAUCGUGUUCUGCAUGUCUUGAAGGAACCAACCUAAAAAAAUUAGCAGGCUUUAGAGCUUGUCCUUGUCUGGAUAAUUUCUAUCGCUUGGAUCGCUUUGGAAAAUGUAUUGAAUGUCCACUUGGCUACCAAUGUACGAAUGAAACAGUGUGCUUGCUUCCUGGGUUUUACUGGAUUUGGAAAAAUGAGAGCAGCAAAGAAAAGUACCAAAACUUCACUGAACUGCUAAAAGAAGAAAACAUGUAUGAUUAUGAUCCAAACUGGAGGAAAUUUGAUGAAAAUCUUCCGAUACCAUACAUGUGUCCUUUUAUUGUCUCCUGCAAGGGAGGCGUUGACUCUAUGUGUUCAGAUGGUUAUAAAGGUCCUUUAUGUGCUAUAUGCUCUAAAGGCUAUUACAGGAUGUUCUCUGGAUGCAACAAAUGCCCAACUUUAUAUCUUUUGGUUGGCCAGUGCUGUGCUGUAGCAGUCGUGGCUGGUAUACUUGUGUUUGCUAUAAUCAAAGACAAGAAGUCUAAUCGUGCUAAUAGACGUUCAGUAAGUGACACUGUAUUCAGUAGUUUCAAGAUUGUGAUUGGAUUCUACCAAGUGACAAGUGGUACUCUCAACGCCUAUUCUUACAUCAAGUGGCCUGCAGCACUCACCAAGUUGAUGAAGUUUGCUGAUUUGGUACAACUGAACAUUUUCAAACUCGUUCCAUUGGAAUGCCUGAAACAGUCUAUAAGGUUAACGCCAUACGCUGGUCUUGUGGUUUAUAUCUCUUUAGAUGCCAUGGUCAUUCUGAUUGCAAUUCUAUAUUUCUUCAUCCAAAAGGCCUUUACAAACAUCAAUCGUGAUAACAAGAGGCUUUCCAAAUGUAAAGCAAACUGCUAUCGAGCAGUUUUCUUGGUCAUUUUCAUCACUUAUCCUGCGACUUGUGAGAAGGUUUUCCAGGUUCUGCCAUCCAGUUGCCAUAAAGUGUGUGACAAUGAGCAAGGCUGUUCAUGGUAUCUACAGUCCGACUAUUCCUCGAAAUGCUUUACAAGUUUCUAUAACAAAUUUGUCAUCUUAGCCUACUUUGCAAUCUUGAUUCCCAUCGGAUUUCCUGUUGCCACGACGUUCUUCUUGUGGAAGUACUGCAGAAACAAUGGACCAGAAGAGAGCGACAUUGAAGAUGAAGGUAGUGACAAAGUACAUCUUGCAGUAAUGAAGAAGCGCUGCCAAGAUGAUGCUGCCGGCCAUGAAAUAUCAGCUGGAAUGAGGUUUCUUUACGAGAACUACAGUGAAGAUUGUUGGUACUGGGAGGUAAUCGAGCUUGUUCGUAAGGUUAUCUUCACCUCAGUACUGGUUUAUUCCGGUCAAGAGGGACGAUUAUUUCUUGGGGUCACCGCCAUUUUGUCUGGUUUCUAUGCAGUGUAUUUUGCUCACACACAGCCUAUUCCACAUUUGUUUGACAAAUGGCUUCAUCUGGGUGCUCUGAUGGCUACCAUGGCCAACCAGUUCAUGGCGAUGCUGCUAAAGAUYCCUGCAGAAACAGUUUCGACUUUGGUGGAUGUGGAGAGUGACGCCAUUGGUAUUACCGUUAUGCUGAUGUUUGCCAAUCUCUUCGUUGUUAUUAUUAUUGUAGUUCCUUCACAGAUCCCUGCGCCUUCUCGAAAGGUAGCUGUCCCUUUGUAUCGAAGCGAGACGAACGUUGAGUUCGCAAUGAUAUAUGAUAUGCGGAAAGCUUUGAGGAAAGUCAUGACAGCUCCAAUGAGAAGGCUUUCCAUGAGAAAGGUUGGAAUGACUAAAACAACUACGUUCCAACCUGCCCAAGAGCGAUUCUUACUUGGCCAGUGAAAGAAAGUUGGGUUUUAAAUUUCGGGAGCGCGCUUCCCAAGAUACAUUCCUCAUUGUUGAAUAGUCCAAUGAGAAAAAAAGCUACUGAAACGACGAUGGAACACGGAAUAAGCCAAGAAUCUGGCUGGAUUCAACUCCUAGAUGCCUGGCACGUUAUGUUUA